AUGUGCGGCCCGCGGCGCCCUGCCGCUGCCCUCUGCCGACCGGCGCGGACACCGGGCAGCGUCCGGGUCCGAGAGCUCCUCGGCUGGGCUCCGGUGCCCGAGCCGCUGGCGGCUCCGGGACGCGGGAUCCGCGCCAAAUCGGGAGGGGUCUCGGACCCAGGCGUCCCGGGGGCGGCCGCCGGGGGCGGGGACGGGAAGCGGAAGCGCUGGGCCGCACCGAGCCGCUCUAGGACCUCGGAGGAGCCGCACGCCUGUGGGGGCCGCUCCCGUCCUCCCGAGCUCGAGCUGGGUGAUGAGGGCCGAAGACGCUGCCUAAUGGUCGCCCUGUGGGGCUACCUGCGCCGACCUCCCCGGCUGGCCGACAGCGCCAGCCACCCCAGCCUGGAGAGACAAAGAGAUCCAAAGACGGACCCAGAGAAAGGGGUGGGGGAAAGAUCAAGGCAGACAAAGGGCGGCAGAGGGCGGCGGAGACCCCAGACGGGGCGGGGGCGGGGCGCCGAGACGCUGGAAACAAAGCGGGGCCGGUCCGAGAGGCCGAGGGUUGGGGGUGGGGCCGGGGUUCGAGCAUCUCAGCUUCCUGCAUUGCCUGCCCCCUUGUUUGCUGCACUCAACUUCCUGCCCCACCAGAGGAAGUGGGGAGCGAAAGCAGGUGCAACGACAGCUAGCAGGGCCAUGGACAAAGAGUAUGUGGGUUUUUCCGCCCUCCCCAACCAGCUGCACCGCAAGUCCGUCAAGAAGGGGUUUGACUUCACACUCAUGGUGGCAGGGGAGUCAGGCUUGGGGAAAUCCACCCUUAUUAACAGCCUGUUUCUCACCAACCUCUAUGAGGAUCGGCAACUGCCAGAGGCCAGUGCUCGCUUGACACGAACACUGACCAUCGAGCGCCGGGGCGUGGAGAUCGAGGAGGGGGGCAUUAAGGUGAAGCUGACCCUGGUGGACACACCUGGCUUUGGGGACUCAGUGGAUUGCUCAGACUGCUGGCUGCCCGUGGUGCGCUUCAUUGAAGAGCAAUUUGAGCAGUAUCUUAGGGAUGAGAGUGGCCUGAACCGGAAGAACAUCCAGGAUUCCCGUGUCCACUGCUGCCUCUACUUCAUCUCACCCUUUGGCCGGGGGCUCCGGCCCCUGGAUGUGGCCUUCCUCCGAGCGGUGCACGAGAAGGUCAACAUCAUCCCAGUCAUUGGCAAAGCAGAUGCCCUGAUGCCUAAGGAAACCCAGGCCCUCAAGCAGAAGAUCCGGGACCAGUUGAAGGAGGAGGAGAUCAGCAUCUACCAGUUCCCCGAUUGUGACUCUGAUGAGGAUGAAGACUUCAAGAGGCAGGAUGCGGAGAUGAAGGAAAGCAUCCCUUUCGCAGUCGUCGGUUCAUGCGAGGUAGUGAGGGACGGCGGGACCCGACCGGUGAGGGGACGCCGCUACUCCUGGGGUACCGUGGAGGUGGAGAACCCACAUCACUGCGAUUUCCUGAACCUGCGACGGAUGCUGGUGCAGACACACCUGCAGGAUCUGAAGGAGGUGACGCACGAUCUGCUCUACGAGGGCUACCGGGCCCGCUGCCUACAGAGCCUGGCCCGGCCUGGGGCGCGUGAUCGAGCCAGCCGUAGUAAGCUUUCCCGCCAGAGCGCCACAGAGAUCCCGCUGCCCAUGCUGCCUCUGGCCGAGACGGAGAAGUUGAUCCGCGAGAAAGACGAAGAGCUGCGCCGCAUGCAAGAGAUGCUGGAGAAGAUGCAGGCCCAGAUGCAGCAGAGCCAGGCUCAGGGCGAGCAGUCGGACGCUCUCUGAGGUCCCCGCCGGGGCCCUGCUUUACCUCGGCUCCGCCUUCAGUUCGUCUCUUCUCCAAUCCCCGAGCCCCAGGCCGCCCAGCGCCUAACCCUGGCGCUCCAGCCUUGUAAUGCCCGCCCUUGCGCUGGGUUCUCGGGCUAACAGGUUCUCCCGAUCCUGGAGUGUGUAGCCCCGCCUUUGGCUCCGCCCCCACUCUCCCUCCGCCCACUUCACGAUUCCCUGACCCCUGAACUCCCGCCCCUCUUCACCCAAGCUGUGACUUCAAUAAAAACUGAGUUUCCUUGAG